AUGAGUGUGGAGCCAUCUUCGUUUGUUUGAUGUUGGCGGUGGUCGUCGCGAAACGCCGCGACAUCGGUGCACCUCGCGUACGUUUCCCGACCGUUGUAGGAUUACCACGAGGGACAAGCGGCCCCGAGUUUUCGUCGUUCGAUGAUCGGCGGAAACGCUGAGGCGACACCGGAACACCGCAGCGUCCUACGCGACGCCGCGCGCGCGGCAUAACCUCCCGGCGCUUUGCUGGCUGCCCGUUUCCCAAACAUGGCCGACAUGACGGUCGCUCCGUCGGCGCCGAUGCCACCAACCGAGUCGUGAAAAAAAAAAGGAAAUAUCGUCGACGUCGCCGCUGCCUUUUCGUCGAGAGCGCACGGAAGCACUAGCCGGCACGUGACACGUCGUCGGAAUGGAGCCGUCGACCAACGGCUGCAAGGAUGGGCCCACACCGCUCCUGGUGCAGAACCACUCUGAAUCGGUGCAACAGGAAAAGAAGACUCCAGAAAAGCACUCUGCCAAGACGGCGGCAGCAGCUCCGCAGGACAUCUCUGCGGCCCCGGCCACCCCGACUGUCACUUCUCAACGGACGCGGCACUCCGUCACCAACAGCAAAUCACAAGCCAACAAGAGCGCACCGGUAGCGACGACUGCUGGCAACAAGACCUCCUCGGCGAAAGAGGAGGCGGCGCCUGUCAGCCGGCGAACGCCCCGCACUGGCGGUGCCGGCUCCACGCCAGGGCCUGGCCGUCCCCAGUCGAAGCCCCCCCAGAGGGAAGCCUCCAGGCGGCCCCCUCCAGCAGAGGCCCCUCCCGUCGCCCCCACGUCGUCGUCUGCUGCCGCCUCCUCUGCCACCCCCGAGAUGAGUCCCCGCCGUGCCCGCAAGCGGGAGUCCCCCCGCUCCCCGGUCGGUUCCGGAAGCGACUCCGGCCGUGCCAGCAAGCGCAUGCGCCUGCAGUACCAGCCAUUCCAGUCUCCGGGCACCCUCCCCGUGCUGGCCCUGCGCUCGAGGCCCUCGUCUGCCACCAGCACUCCGGAGGACAAGGUGGUGGUCUUCCACAAGGGGGAGUUCCUGGCGGUGCGCAACGAGACCGGAAGCUUCUAUGUGUGCCGCACAGCGCAGAAUGUGUACAAGAGCAGCAAGCGCUUCAAGAUACAGUGGCUGAACAAUGACAGCGAACUAGACAUCUACGCACCUGACUUCUACGACAACACUGACUUCGAGUGCGUCCUGACAAACCUGCGCAUGCGGCGGGUGGACCGCGGGCGCUACCUGCUGCCCGACGAGGAGCGCAAGCGUACGCUCAAUAUCCUCCAGCGGGCCCUCAACGUGGAGAACGGUAUGGAUAUUCCAGAUCCUCGGCAACUAACCAUGGACGGAGUGGACGUGUCCUUUGUGGGCAAGGAGGAAGAAGAGGAGUUGUCGGAGGCGUCACCCACGACCACCGAACGACGGGGGCGACGCCGGAGCAGCCAGAAGAUGGAGGAAGAUGAUGACGAAGAAGAGGACGAGGAGGACGAUUCGGACUCGGAUGCUGGGGGUCGUCCUUCGAAGGGCAAGGGGCGCCCCUCCACGUCCAAAGUCAAGCUCAAAGGAAAGAGAGGCCCCAAGCCGAGCCAAUCCAAGUGGGGCUCGCCAGCAUCCGAAAAACCCGAGCCCCUGCGCCCCAACCCCAAGGUUUCUCUCCUGGAGAAGGACCCCUUUUUUGAGACAAGCGGCGAGGUGGCCUCCGUGUCCACUCUCGCGGACAGUAAGCAGCUCAUCCGGGCGGUUCUGCUGGGGGACCACGGCUUGCUCAAGACUCUCCUGACCGACAAGGACCGCAUAUGCUCCGUGGGGCUUGUGCGUAGCGUGGAUGUGAAGCUGAGUGCCCUGGACUAUGCGGUGCUUCGUGAGGACCACCGUGCCAUGCAGCUGCUCCUCGAGGCACCCAUGGGAUCCCUGGCUCCACCUCCGACAAACAUGCUGCUUCACGAAGACAACUUGAGGUGGUACCCUUCUGCGCUGGGUCCGCUCCUGAAGCCGGAAGUUGCCCAGGGUGCCAAUGGAGCCCUGCUCUUGGACAGUGCCCAGUACAUGGAGUCCCCGAGCAUAGACAGGAAGCGUGCCGUGCUACUCGCCGUGCAACACGGCGUGUCCCAGGAAAUUGUCGAGCAUCUGCUCGAAGGACAGGAGGAGGAGCUGAGCGACCUGGUGGCAGAGGCCCUUCGCCAUGGGCACCCCAAGCUGGCUGCGGCACUCGCCAAGAGGGCGGAACGGUGCGGAAGCGCCACGGGUCUGCACCCGCUGCACCGUCAGGUUCUGCUGGACAACAGGGAACCCCUGCCUCCGUUCCGACCGGCUGGGGUGGUCCACAAGGCCCUCGGUGUCCACGAGGUCUCGCCAGUGCACUGUGCAGCGGUGAAUGCUGAGCACGGCUACCUGUCGGAGCUGCUCGGUGCACUGCCCUGUGUAGAGGUGCAGGACGCCCAGGGUUGGCGGCCACUCCACUAUGCGGCCGUGUCUCCCGGGACGGCAACGCUGGAGCUCCUGCUGGCCAGGGGUGCCUCCCUCCACCCGGUGGACUGCCUGGGGGACACCCCGCUGCACAAGGCUGCCAUGGCGGGCCGGGCUCGCAACCUCGAGGUCCUUCUCCGCUCCGCCGCAGGCUCGGAGAAGGGGGCCCCCCGCAGCGUGGAUCGCGCCAACAAGGAAGGCUGGACCGCUCUCCAUCUGGCUGCCAGGCACAACCAUCUGGAAGCUGCCCAGGUACUGGUGCGCUACAAGGCCGACGUGAACCGGGCUCCGAAUGCUCCGUGCCCCCGAACCACUCCGCUGAUGCUGGCCGCCCAGCAGGGCAGCUGCGACAUGGUCCAGCUCCUGGUCACCGCUGGAGCCUCUGUCGAAUUUCAGGACGAGCAGGGGCGGUCGGCACUGACCCACGCGGUGCUGAACGGGCAGACGCCGGCGUGCGCCCAGCUCCUCCGGCUGGGUUCAAACCCAAACCGAGCGGACAUGUGGGGCAACACCCCCGUGCAUUAUGCGGCCGCCUACGGCUGGCUGUCCUGCCUCAAGGUACUCCUGGAGGCCGGGGCCGCACCCCACAAGGCUAACGACGCCAAGGCGACCCCCGUGCUGGUGGCCUUCCUCAAGGGCCACAUGGGAGUGGUCGACUUCCUGCUGGACCAGUCCGGGGUGGACCUGAAGGUGGACGGGCAGGAGGGGGCCACGGGGCGCACCCUGGCCAUGCGGGCCAUGCGCACCCGCCUCACCAGCUCAGUCUACGCCCGGCUACAGUUCCUGCUCGAGCGCCAGAACUCGGACGCCACCCGGGUGGACGCAGAGGGAAACAAUGCGCUGCAUCACCUGGCCCUUGCAGACAGCGAGUUUAGAGAGAGACUGCAACAGCAGGAACAGGAUCUCUGCUCCGGCGGUGCUUCCGACACUGACGGUCUGGGUGUCAUCCUAGAAAAGGAGCGUGCGGAGCACGAGCGCUGCCUGGAACAGGUGGCGUCCCUCCUGCUGAGCAGCGGCUGCGACCCCGCGGCCCUCAACAAGGAGCAGCAGAGCCCGCUCUCGCUCGCCCUGCACAAGGGCAGUCUGGUGCUCGUCGAGCGUCUGCUGGAGUCCGGCUGCCAGCCCGACCCCAAGGCUCUGGCAGGAUCUCCCGGACUACUCCACCAGGUCGCCCUCCUCGCACAAGGCAGAGACGUGCUCCCCCUACUCAAAGCCCUGCUCAAGCAGCCGCCGUGCGCAGAGGGCCAAGAAUCGGAGGCCCGCUCGCCGCGGGAUGUGCUGCGCCAGGCGGCCAACGGGCACGACCGGGAGGGCCUGACACCCCUUUUGGUCACCCUGCGCGCUCUGGGGCGCCACAAAGAGGACCGUGGCGAGCCCCGGGCCCGCCUCCUCGCCCUCCUCCGCUUCCUGCUGGAGGAACUCGGCGCAGACGCGGCAGCGGCGGUGCGCGGCGGCCGGGGCCCCUCGGCGCUGCAUUUGGCGGCGCUGUGCCCCGGGGCAGAGGCCGUGGAGCUGCUGCUGCAGCACAAGCCGCUGCUGGAGCCUUUGGACCCGGACGGGCUGACGCCGCUGGCCAGGGCGCUGGCGCUCGGGAACUGUGCCGCUGCAAGGGCACUGGUGAGUGCCGGUGCCAGCGUCAAUGUGGACCUCCGCGAUGGGCCUCACCUUGUGAGCCUCCUGGUAUACGCUGCCAUGAACAAUCUUCCCGGGGAACUGAUUCAGCUUCUGCUGAAGCAUCGGGCAAUGCCCAAGUCAGUCCACCCUGCCACCGGCAACACUGCCCUCCACUACGUGGUGUGCCACAGAAAUAAUCCAGACCUUCUGGACACGGUGCGCGCCCUGCUAGACGCCGGCCUAGACCCCAACGGUGCCAAUGCCAAGGGCCGGACGCCGCUCCACCUGGCAGCCAACGCCAACACCGGUGCCGUCGACUCUUCGACGGCCCUGGAGGAACUCUUGCUCCAGAGGGCGGCCAGGGCGGACGUGCGAGAUGUGCGCGGAAGGGUGCCGCUGCACUACGCCUUCGUCAAGAUACGCAGGCACUGGGACGACUCCCCCUGCGACCCGGUGGAGCUUGCCACAGUUCUGCUGGCACACCAGCCCGCCCUGGCGGAGAUGCAGGACGAGUUUGGGCAGACUCCGCUGCACUGCGCCGCCACCAGGGGUGCCUCUGUCUGUGCUCUCACCCUCUGCCAGAAGAUGAAGUCAGUGGAGGUGAAGGACAAGAAUGGCAAUACUCCGUUGGGCCUGGCAGUCUUGCAUGGCCACGCUGGGUGCUGCGUGAUGCUCCUGCAAAAGGGAGCCAACUCAACCGCUGACCUGGUGCUGUUGCCCACGCCGCCCAAAGAUCCCGCGGCCUCCGACACCGCCUUCUGGCGUUGGCGCUACCUGCUUCCCAAGCCGGAGGUCACUCGACACGUUCCCAUACUACAGGAGGUGGUGAGGCGUUCCUGGCAAGGCAUACUGCACUUAAUGCUGGACCAACUGGAGAACUUUGGCAAGAACCUGACCUUAGCCGUCGAGGCUGCCUUGCGCACCCACUCGUAUGGCCUGGCCCUGAAGUUGAUUGGGAAGGUGAAGCACGGCUGGACCCUGUACAGCGACAAGCAGACGAUGCUGCACCUGCUGGCCAGGGAGGCCCCCAGGGACAACUUCCAGGAGCUGCAGAUCAGGGUGGCGCAAGCGCUGAUGGAUAAGGGCGUCCCGGUGAUGUCCCGAGACGAGCACGGCUGCUCGGUGCUCACGUACGCAGCCAUCAACUGGAACCACACGCUGUGCGAGUUCUUCUCGGACAAGAUCGGCACGGUGGCGGCUGCCUGUGCCGACCCCGACCGCUCCCUGCGCACCCCGUUCUCUGCCGUCUUCUGGAGGCUGCAGGAGGAGCGCCUUCCCGAACCCAUCCAGGCGUGGUGCCUGUCUCUGGUGCAGGCGGGGGCCACGGCGGACCUGCUGACCUGCUACCCGCUGCGCAACCUGGAGUUUCCAGGCACCCGCUGCCUCUCGGAGGAGGAGCGGCUGCACGUGGAGGGCCCCACGGCCGCCCGCCUGUCCCCGCUCAUCCUGGCCGUCUGCAAGCGCAACUACACCAUCGUCAAGAUGCUGCUCCGGGCCGGCGUCAACUCAAACUUCGCCGACGGCCAGCAGCGCACCGCCCUCAUGUACGCCGUCAAGCUGAACGACAUCAAGAUGGCGAAACUGCUGCUCAACGGGAGCUAUGACCCGGAGAAGGACACGGACCCGUACGGGGACGUGCGGCGCAGCAACUUCAAGAAGACCAGCGCAGUGGACCUGACCCACCAGGACAUCUAUGGCUGGACGGCGCUGCACCAUGUGGUGGCGCCACUGCCAGACUGCACCUACACCUGCCCCGCGAUGCUGCACCUGCUGGCGCACGUGGGGGCGCCCCUGGAUACCCCCGACCUCAACGGCGUCACCCCGCUGCAUCUGGCAGCCGCCAGGGGUGUGGCCAGCCUCACCCUCGCCCUCCAGGCCCUACUGAAGCUUCCCCACGACCAGCUGCCCAAGGUUGCCCUGCACAGCCUGCCCCUGGCCCAGGACUCCCUGGACCCUGCCCCUGGGGUGCCCAACUUCAGGGAAGACUGCAGUGCCUUCCUGGAGGCACAGGGUGCCCCGCCCCCGAGGGAGCCCCUGCUCGACCCGGACCCCUUCGCACAGAUGGAGGACAGCGAGGUGGUACUAGACAAGGCCCAGAACGUGCCGUACGACGUCCUGCUCACCACGGUGGACCUGGGCUACGGGCAGCACGGACUGUACAGUUUCUACAAAAUGCAGUUGCUUCAGAGGUCUGAGCUGGUGGUGCUUUUCUCCCGCUGGGGCCGCGUGGGUGACUCCGGCCAGUGGCGCAAGUCUGCCUACGCCUCCCUCACCGAGGCGGCGAGGGAGUUUGCUCGCCUCUUCCGGAUGAAGACCGGCAACUCCUGGGAAGACCUGCACAACUUCAAGGCCCAGCCACGGAAGUACCGCCCCGUUCAGCUGGAGAAGCGACGGAGUCCCCCACCGAGGGAGCUCCCCAUGAACCUGUCCGGCCCCUGCCCAUCCAGGCUGCCACCCCCCUUGCAGCGGCUGCUCCGAAACCUGGCGGAGCCCGAGCUACUGGCCCGCGCCCCGCUGUCCCUGGGUUCGGAGGGCCAGGUGGCCCUGGAGCUGCUGAGCCAGGAGUCCCUGAACACUGCCCUGGCCCUCCUGGAGGACAUCAGGCAGCUGGUCCAGGAGAAGGCCUCCAUCCAGGCCUCGGCCGAGCAGCACCAGCAGGAGAGCAAGCUGCCCGAGCUGAUGCUGCGCAUAGUAGAGAAGAGCGAGGAGUUGUACUGCCUGAUCCCCGUGCGGGGCCGGCGCUUUGAGCGGCUGGAGCCCCUGUUCGAGGAGCGAGGGGUCCAGCGCAUGGCGGCCCUGGUGCACAGCCUGGUCCACCUCCAGCUGGCCACCCAGCUUCUGCUCGGGGCACAACUCAAGGCCGCCGAGUUGCACCCGCUCGACUACGUGUAUCGCAGCCUGCGAUGCAAGGUGCAGUUGCUGCAGGAACACGUCGCCGAGGCUCAGACGGUGUUGCAGUACGUCCUCAACUCGGCCAAGACGCCGCCGCGGGUGGUGGGCGUGUACCGGGUGACCCGGGAGGGGGAGCCCCAGCGGCUGGCCUCGUGCGAGCUGAGCAACCACUGGCUGCUGUGGCACGCCACCAGGGCCUCCAACCUGCUGGGCAUCCUGGCCUCUGGCCUGGAGGUGCAGCCCCUGGCCCAGCACUGGAACGGGGACCCCAUGGCCAAGGGCAUUUGCUUGGCAGACCGUUUUGAACAGGGACGUAGCCUUUGCCAGGCCGAUUCCCAGGAGCACGGAUCCAAGUACAUGUUGCUCUGCGAGGUUGCCUUGGGCCGCACCCGUGACCUUGACCUGGGCCACACGGGCAACACUGAGCCGGGCUCCCCCGGGGGCUACGAGAGCACGAGGGCCCUGGGACGCUGGCAGCCGCACCCGCUCGGCACGGUCUCCUGGCACAGCUGCACGGUUCCCCUGGGCCGCAGCAACAAGGCGGAGCCCCUGCAGAGCCCCCUGAGCUACAACGAGUAUGUGGUGUACAAGCCGGCUCAGGUGUGCCUGCGCUACCUGGUGCAGUUUGAGGAGGACUGAUAGGACGAGGCCCCGCCGCCACACUCCGCUCGUUUUUAGAACUGGGGAACUUUUUCUCACCACGGGAGGGGAGGGGGGGGCCGAGCUAGGGCACGCAACAACAACUUUCGUCAUCGUCGUUCAUGGCCAUCGGUUCAAUGCACUGUGUGGAAGACCCUACACUUAUCUCUCCUUCAUGUACAGCCCAGAGCCCCACUGGCUUCGGCAAAGAAUAACGGCGGUCUCAGCCGCCGCCUCUCUGGUAUAUUCAAUAAAACGUGAAGCAUC